GAUUACUCUGGAGCUUGGAGUGGAGGGAAGGGGAUUGUUUUCCCCAAAUAAUUCCACACGAUGUAAACACCUCAAUAUGACGAUGUUGCAGAUGUUGAGCAUCAUUUUAUUAGUAUAUCAGCAACUUGCUGCAGAAAAAGUAACAUAUACUUUCGCUGAAUUUCCAUACAAGGAAACCAGUAAAAAUGAGGUAGUAUUCAGGGAAGUGGAAGCAGCUUGCGAAAAGGGAUGUUUGGGGAAGGAAGGAGUGUCUAAACUACUCUGCAUCAGACAGUGUGUUUCACCAUCAUGCUACAGGGAUUUAUAUCAGCCAGACUUGUUGGAAGAAGGUGAGGUAGACGUAAGACUCAACUCAUUCAAAGGAUGUUUUAUUCAACGGUACAACAAAUCUCAACCAUAACCUGGCUAAUUACCAAUAUAGGAAUAAUAAUAACAAACACCUACGAUUAUCUGUAUUCACAAUAUUAAUAUCUUGCAUCUCAUUAUAUGCAUAGUUAUUUUAUCUAAAUAAAAUGGAUUCUCAAUGAGGUAUUGGCAUUAUUUGAAAACCAAGAAUGAAAAAAACAAUUCAAUAUUAAUUAGAAAGAAAUGAAUCGGUAGCUGUAUCACUUCUUAUGGAAGUAACCCCGUAAAUUCCGUGAUUAUUAAGAUAUGAUCCUUUCACCAGUAGCGAGAGAGAUGCCAAAGGUACAGUCAGAACCAUCUUAAGUGAUAUACACUGCUCGCCAGCAGCCAAGAAAUCACUGACUUACGAAAAAUCCUGUUAGUACGCAUGGAAGGUUGAA